AUGGCGACCACCUUCAAGAACCGGAAUCUGUUGGCUGUCAUGGGAGAUGAGGAUACAGUGACGGGCCUCCUGCUUGCAGGCAUCGGACAUGUGAGCGAGGAUCAUAAGAGGAACUUUCUCACCGUCGAUUCAAAGACACGACCCGAAGAGCUUGAAAGAUCAUUCAAGGAAUUCACGGAACGGCAAGAUAUUGCUAUUCUCCUGAUCAAUCAACACGUUGCAGACCGUAUACGUCCGAUGGUAGACAAAUACGAGCAGGCCUUCCCCGCGUUACUGGAGAUCCCUUCCAAGGACCAUCCAUACGAUCCUUCUAAGGACUCAGUACUCAAGCGUGUCCAGAAGCUCUUUGGAGAAUGA